ACGGCCUGCGCGGCGCUGUGUCGCGCUUCCGGAAGUGCGGUGCCGGGGCGGGUGGCCCUCGGCCCGGGCGGCUAUGGCAGUGGCCGCAGUGGCGGCGCUGUUGGCCGCACUGGGCGGGGCCCUGUGGCUGGCGGCCCGGCGGUUCGUGGGGUCCAGCGUCCGGCGGCUGCACGGAGGAGGGGACGCCGGCCUCAUGCGCGGGAAGACCGUGCUGAUCACGGGGGCCAACAGCGGCCUGGGCCGCGCCACGGCCGCCGCGCUGCUGCGCAUGGGGGCGCGGGUGAUCAUGGGCUGCCGGGACCGCGCGCGCGCCGAGGCGGCGGCGGGGGAGCUGCGCCGCGACCUCCGCGGGGACGGGGACCCCGGGUCGGACCCGGACGGCGGGGCGGGCGAGCUGGUCGUCAAGGAGCUGGACCUCGCCUCCCUACGCUCCGUGCGCGCCUUCUGUCGGGAGAUGCUCCAGGAAGAGGCUAGACUGGACGUCUUGAUCAAUAAUGCAGGGGUCUUCCAGUGCCCUUACAUGAAGACCGAAGAUGGGUUUGAGAUGCAGUUUGGGGUGAACCAUCUGGGUCACUUUUUACUCACCAAUCUUCUCCUGGGACUACUCAAAAGUUCAGCGCCCAGCAGGAUCGUGGUAGUUUCUUCCAAACUUUAUAAAUAUGGGGACAUCAACUUUGAAGACUUGAACAGCGAGCAAAGCUAUAAUAAAAGCUUUUGCUAUAGUCGGAGCAAACUGGCUAACAUCCUCUUUACCAGGGAGCUCGCCCGCCGCUUGGAAGGCACAAAGGUUACUGUCAAUGUUUUGCACCCAGGUAUUGUGCGGACUAAUCUUGGGAGGCACAUACACAUUCCGCUGUUGGUCAAACCACUUUUCAAUUUGGUGUCUUGGGCUUUUUUCAAAACCCCAGUAGAAGGUGCCCAAACUUCGAUUUAUUUAGCCUCUUCUCCGGAGGUAGAAGGUGUGUCAGGAAAGUACUUUGGGGAUUGUAAAGAGGAAGAACUAUUGCCUAUAGCCAUGGAUGAGUCUGUUGCAAGAAAACUCUGGGAUAUCAGUGAAGUAAUGGUUGGCAUAGUUCAGUAGGAAUAAGAAGUGUAAGAGCCCUUUAAAGAAUGGAUCUCAUAUCUGUGGUCAGGUGGCUUGAGCACUUGCUACUUGAAAACAUUUUGGUUUUACAAUAGUACUACUAAGAAGUACAUAUGGCUAUUUUGAAGUUAUGAAAAGUUACAUUUUGGAAAUCAAAAUUUCAGAAAAGGUGUUAUAAAUAUACAUUAGGCAUAAUGAAUAAUGAACAAAUAUAAUAGAUUUUAAAAAUUGUAAUUGAACGUGCUUGGAUUACAAAUAUUAAAGAACUCAGUUACUUAAAAUAGUUACCUUGAAAAGUUUUAUCUCUGGUUUUCAUGACCAAAGUGUUAAAUAUUUCUAUUGCAAUGCUGGUUUUUGUGUGGAAAUAAUAUGCCUGGUGUGUGUGUGCAAUCCUUACUUGGAAUAAAUUUACUGAUGC